GCACAGAACUGGAAGGAGGCAAUGAGACAUAAACAGUCAGGAGGUGGGGCGUCUCGCAGGAUCCUACGGAUCUCUGAAGAGUUUUCAAGAGGAGGGUGGCAUGAUCGGAUUUCCGUUUGAGCGAGGUCGGAGCAGGGGGGAGAACAGAAUUCCGGGUCAAAACUGGAGUCGGGUGCCUGGCAGAGGCCCCCCACGCUGACCCUGGCGAGCAGGAUGCAGGAUACUGAUUGAGUGAGUGCUUUAUAUUACAACUCAAUACUCUCCAUAAGGCUGAGAUAUGCCCACUGUGGAGAGUGAAGCCAAAGUAAAAACCAAAGUUCGCUUUGAGGAAUUGCUUAAGACCCACAAUGAUCUAAUACGCGAAAGAAAAAAACUGAAGAAAAAAAUUGGCAAAUCUGGAGAAAAACUCUCACUUGACGCUGUUCGAAGCAGUCGUCAGAAAAUUACAGAAACUAAAAGUGAUGGUUUAAGUGCUACUGACACGUUUGACCCAGAGAAGAGCAUGCGAGUCACUAAAAACAAACUAAAGAAUCCACAGUCAACAACUGAAAAUCCAGAGGAUGUUAGUGUAGAGGAAGACAAGCAAGAAAAGGCAAAUAAAAAGGUUCUAAAAACAGUGCUCCAGGUGACUGCGCCAGAAGUGGAAAUGGAAACUCCUGAGAAGAAGGGGGAUUCUACACCUCAGAAAGCACGAGUGAAGUCACAGCCGGGUGUCACUCAACAGGACAGUGCCAAGGCCGGUGAGGAAGAAGAACUGAUGCAGGUGUACCAGCUCCAGGUGGCUGAAGAAAUGGCGAAGGAGAUUAAGAAGAAAAUAAGGAAGAAACUCAAAGAGCAGCUGACUUACUUUCCCUCAGAUACUUCAUUGCAUGACGACAAGUUGAGCAGUGAAAAAAGAAAAAAGAAAAAAAAGAAAGUCCCAGUCCUGUCUAAAGCUGAAACAAGUACAUUGCCCAUCUCUGAUGACGCAGUUGAAGGUGAACCAAGAAAGGAAUCUCCAGUUGGAGCAGUUACUUCAGAUUCUCAUCAAGAUGAUGAAAUAAACCCAGUGGGACAAAAUGUAGAAGACAGCAUGCAAGAUGACACAAAAUCCAAACCAAAAAAAAAGAGAAAGAAGGCUAAAACAGUUUCAGAUGAUAAUGAAGACACUGAUGGUGACGGUGUUCAUGAAAUAACAAGCCGAGAUAGUCCCGUUUAUCCCAAAUGUUUGCUUGAUGAUGACCUUGUCCUGGGAGUUUAUAUUCACCGAACAGAUCGACUUAAGUCAGAUUUUAUGAUUUCUCACCCAAUGGUAAAAAUUCAUGUGGUUGAUGAGAAUACUGGUCACUAUGUCAAGAAAGAUGAUAGUGAACGGCCUGUUUCAUCUUACUAUGAAAAAGAGAAUGUGGAUUAUAUUCUUCCUAUUAUGACCCAGCCAUAUGAUUUUAAACAGUUAAAAUCAAGACUUCCAGAGUGGGAAGAACAAAUUAUAUUUAAUGAAAACUUUCCCUAUUUGCUUCGAGAUUUUGAUGAGAGCCCUAAAGUCAUCCUGUUCUUUGAGAUUCUGGAUUUCUUAAGCAUGGAUGAAAUUAGGAAUAAUUCUGAAUUUCAAAACCAAGAAUGUGGCUUUCGGAAAAUUGCCUGGGCAUUUCUCAAGCUUCUAGGAGCCAAUGGGAAUGUAAACAUCAAUUCAAAACUUCGCCUGCAGCUGUAUUACCCACCUACUAAGCCGCGAUCUCAAUCAAAUGUCGUCGAGGUUUUUGAAUGGUGGUCAAAAUGUCCAAGAAAUCGUUAUCCCUCAACGUUGUAUGUAACUGUAAGAGGAUUGAAAGUUCCAGACUGUAUAAAGCCGUCUUACCGGUCUAUGAUGGCACUUCAGGAGGAAAAGGGUAAACCCGUGUACUGUGAACGACACCACGAGCCAAGCUCAGUAGACACCGAACCUGGAUUAGAAGAUUCAAAAGAAGAAGUCAAGUGGAGACGGCUGCCCGGGCAGGCUUGCCGUAUCCCAAACAAGCACCUCUUCUCACUGAAUGCAGGAGAACGAGGAUGUUUCUGUCUUGCCUUCUCCCAUAAUGGAAGGAUAUUAGCAGCAGCCUGUGCCAGCCGGGAUGGAUAUCCGAUUAUUCUAUACGAAAUUCCUUCUGGGCGUUUCAUGAGAGAAUUGUGUGGCCACCUCAAUAUAAUUUAUGAUCUUUGCUGGUCAAAAGAUGACCGCUAUGUCCUUACUGCAUCAUCGGAUGGCACCGCCAGGAUAUGGAAAAAUGAAGUAAACAAUACAAAUACUUUCAGAGUUUUACCUCAUCCUUCUUUUGUUUACACGGCUAAAUUCCAUCCAGCUGUGAAAGAGCUGGUGGUCACGGGAUGCUAUGACUCUGUGAUCCGGGUGUGGAAAGUUGACAUGCGAGAGGAGCCGGCCAUACUGAUCCGACAGUUUGACACUCACAGGAGCUUCAUCAACUCUCUCUGUUUUGACUUUGAAGGCCAUCACAUGUACUCAGGAGACUGUGCGGGCGUUGUUGUCGUGUGGAACACCUACGUCAAGGUUGGCGAUGUACAGCAUUCGGUGCGCCACUGGAGUGUGACUCAGGAAAUUAAAGAGAGUGAGUUUAAGGGGAUUCCAAUAAGUUAUUUGGAGGUUCAUCCCAAUGGAAAACGUUUGUUAAUCCAUACCAAAGACAGUACUUUGAGAAUUAUGGAUCUCCGGAUAUUAGCGGCAAGGAAAUUUGUAGGUGCAGCAAAUUACCGAGAGAAGAUCCAUAGUACUUUGACACCAUGCGGGACGUUUCUCUUUGCCGGAAGUGAGGAUGCUAUAGUCUAUGUUUGGAACCCAGAAACAGGAGAACAAGUAGCGAUGUAUUCUGACCUGCCAUUCAAGUCGCCCAUUCGAGACAUUUCUUAUCAUCCACUUGAAAACAUGGUUGCAUUUUGUGCAUUUGGGCAGAAUGAGCCACUACUUCUGUAUAUUUAUGAUUUUCAUGUUGCCCAGCAAGAGGCUGAAAUGUUCAAACGCUACAAUGGAACGUUUCCAUUACCUGGAAUACACCAAAGUCAAGAUGCCUUAUGCACGUGUCCUAAACUGCCUCAUCAAGGCUCUUUUCAGAUUGAUGACUAUGUCCACACUGAAAACUCUUCAAUGAAGAUGCAGCAAGUGAAACAGAGACUUGAUUCUGUCACAGAGGUGAUACGAGCCUGUGCUGCAAAGGUCAACAAAAAUCUCUCGUUUCCUUCAACGUCAGCCUCCUCACAACAGUCUAAGUUAAAACAGCCCAACGUGCUGGCCGCCCAUCAGAUCCUGCGCCAGUUUGGUUUCCCUGAGACUGGGAUUUUCAGCAUAGAAAGAAAGCCUUGUAACCAUCACGUAGAUACAGCACCAACGGUAGUGGCUCUUUAUGACUACACAGCGAAUCGAUCAGAUGAACUAACCAUCCAUCGCGGAGACAUUAUCCGAGUGUUUUUCAAAGAUAAUGAAGACUGGUGGUAUGGCAGCGUAGGGAAGGGACAGGAAGGGUAUUUUCCAGCUAAUCAUGUGGCUAGUGAAACACUGUAUCAGGAACUGCCUCCAGAGAUAAAGGAGCGAUCCCCUCCUUUAACUCCCACAGAAAAAACCAAAAUGGAAAAACCUUCUUCAGCUCCUCAAAAGUCAGUCAUUAAGGACAAGUCCCAGGAUUUCAGACUGGGCUCAGAGUCUAUGACACAUUCUGAGGCUGGGAAAGAACAGAGCCGCGAGGACCGAGGACACACAGUGGACAUGCCAGUGAAGAGGAAUGAGCAAACUGGCCGCAAAGUCACCCUAAUAGAGUAAAGAGUUGGAGAAGAAUGAAGAGACAGAACCAAGUACACAGAAAUGAAAUGACAAAUUAAACCGAAUGGAAUUUCUCUUCAGAGUUCGGAAUUUUCAGAUUUAAGGAAGAAAGGAAGGGUCCACUGCUUUCCUUGUGAAAGAAUCUAGAAAAAUCAGAAGAGAGAUGUGGGUGGAAAAUAAGUGCGGCCUUUCGAGCUUAAUCGUUAUAAACCAUCGUGAUUGUUCUUGAUCAAAGUAUUGGUUGAUAUUUGUAUUUAUUAGUAAUUGCAUCAACGUCACUGUUGGAAAACCAGUAAAGAAAAAACCCUUGUGGCUACUCAGCAAAUAUGGAGAAAAAGUGUUUGCAUUUUUCGCAUAUCCAUUAAGUAAUCAUUUAAUAUUAUUGUAUCUGUAAUGUGGUUAUAUGUGUGAUGUUAUGCUCAGAAUAUGAAGUAUCUGCUUUUCAAAUUUAAUAUUUAAAAAAUAAGCAGCUUCAGAAUAUUGUGUAUUCAAAGUGGUCCCAAUUUUAAGAAAGGCAUUAAAAGAGAACAAAUUUGUUUGUUUUGAAUGACUCAGAUAUGUGACUUGAUCCACCUAAACUAAAAGUGGCUUGUGGCUGGACUGGCAACAGUGUUCCAAAUUCCUGUACUUUUUCAAAAAAGCAUUUCAUAUUUAAGCAUAUAAGUGAUUUGUAGACUAACAUUGUUUAAUAUUUAUUUUAGUUUUAAUGUUUCAUUUUAAAUUAUUACACUGCAUUGUUUAUUCCUUUAGUUGCAGAAUAACAGUGUCAUUGCUAUGUGAUUGUAUAUUUUGAAGUAUAAUGUUAUAAUAGGAAAGAUCAUUUCUUUGUUUUUUUCUUGCCCCUUCUCCUUUCCCAACUAUGUGAUUGUAAGUCUGU